GACACAGUAUCGUAAACUCGUAGUAAUUUAGACCUUCAAAACUUAGUCUAACUGUCAGGAAACUUUCAUUUUCCAAGGAUAUACGUCAUUGUUUGUGAUACUACAGCCAAUAAUUGUUGUGUUAUCCGUCGUCAGGUAACGCCAUCGAUUUUAUUACACGUCGGCUGAAUACAAGCGCAUCCAGAGCUUGGAAAAAUAAUAACUUUAGAAAAAACAAUAUUAAACACUUUUCAGACAAAGUUAUGGUUUUCAAAAGUUGAUAGUGAUUGGAAAAUAAUAUUUGAAACUAUGGCUGCGAUUCUGCCUACUGGAUUGAGAAAUGGGAUCAAGGGGCUGGACGCGAACCGCUAUGCGACGAAGAAGACGGUGGCGCAAGGCAUGCUAGACAUAGCCUUGCUGACUUCGAACGCGUCACAGCUGAAGUAUGUCCUGCAAGUGGGGCCCAAGCAUGAGUUCUACACGCUGCUAGUGGUCCUCAUCUCGAUAUCUAUCGUUCUGCAGGUGAUAUCGGCAGUAGUAGCAGUAGUACUCAGCUUCAUUUUCAACAUUAACCAUCAGCCCGACCAUCGGAAAGCCGAAGUGUUGAACAACGUCAGUUUGAUUUUCAAAGUGUUCAGUAUUGCCAUCAACAUUAUCAUAAGCAUAUUUUACUCAAUGCAAAUUGAUAUUGAUGCACGCCUGCUCACCCAGUAACUUAGUUAUUGUGUUUUCUUUUACGUUUGCUUAAUUAAAAUUAAGGUUUUCUAAUUUUCUUUUCAUGAGCCUGAUAAGUGGAUACAACAGUCAAAUCAUUUACUCCGCUUAUGUCAGUAAACUAGACCAUUUUCAGGCCCUUUAUAAUUUGUCAAUAGUGUGCCUCUAUAUUCUCUAUAUUUGUAGGUAAGAAGGUAGGUACUCGAAUUUAAUUGUUUGAAAGCUUGUGUUUCUUCUGGUUCUUCGGAAACACAUACUUUGGUAGAUCUUUUACUCAUUUACCAACAUGCUUUGAUCGAUGAUAUUAUUAGAUAAGCAUUAUUCUAAUCUAAAGAGUAGGUAGGUAAUUUAAACUAGGAAUGUAUCAAUAAACUAGUAUAUUCAAUUAAAUCACACUUUUUGAAGGUACACUUGUAAAUAUUAUCUUCUAUUCUAUCUAUUAUACUAAUAAAAAAUGUGUCAAUAAAA